AUGACAACGGGUCUCUACCACAAAUCUCAAGUCAAGGUGUAUCAAGGAGCGGAUUCAAGCGUCAAGCUGAAGCCUGAGAUGCCGGCGACAGCGCGCUCCCGUCCCUGUGCCCUCAGCUUCACAGAUGACACUAUCAACUUGUCUGCAAUUUUGUUGCCAAUACCAGCUAGCGCACCUUCGCUCCGCCCCUCGUCCCAGCGCCUCGUUCCUGCCACGCACACCCCUUCCAUUCACCCCUCCCUUGCUCUUUCCUCCCAUGGGACGAUGAGAUGGAUGUUGCCCUCCCGCCCACGUCCCGACUCCUGGUCUCCCGGCAUCUCUGGCCAAUCCCCAAGCAGCAGCAUGCAUCGUUCUUGCCCUGAUUGCUGCAAGGGUCUGCUGGGCGUCUCCAUCAAACAGCCACUUGGCCCGGGGAGAUCCACCAUCUUUCCGCGAAUUGCUCAAAGCGUUGCGUGGACUGUGAACUGUGCACCUUUCUAUGGAUUCGUUCUAUUCUGCCAGACUCACCAAAGUGCCACAGAAUCCGUCUCCCGAGCAAUGGCCCAAGCCAUGGCGCUUUCACCGGUCUGCGUUAAACUUUACUGCCGCAUCACCUUGGCCGUCUCUUCCGCUGUCUCGCCAAAUGACCUCAUUAUACUUCGUGGAGACUUUUGUUGGCCCCCUCUCCACAUCACCAUCUGUGCCGCUUCUGUCAUCCUGCCAGCGAACAAAACCUGGCAUCCUGGUACAGCACUCACGAUGAGCGAGAUGAAGCUGCAAAAUCUUCCGGCCGCCCACUACAGCAACAUCAUGCUGCCUUUCCGGGGUAGAGGAGCAGAAGCAGAAACCGAUACGGAUCCCUCUCUCAUUAUCAGCUAUGGGCAGAGCCUUGAUGACGGAGAAGGGGGCAAGAAGCUUUCCAUGCCAUGCUUCCCCAGGGACGCCUCUUCAGCUAGAGAGUCCGCGUGUCCAUAUCGAAGGCGUUCUUCUGGUGCGGCGACCGCCGAAGAGGAAACUGUUCAUUCGCCCGAGCGCUACAUGACUUCCGACGGCAGCGGGACACUAAUGCCAUCACUUACACCACGCACGGCCGACCACAAGAAAUAUGUCGUGAAACGAUGGCAUAAGUCAACGGUCGCUUCAGAAUCGUCUCCCGCUGCACUUGACGUUAGUCCCCGCGUGGGCAGCAUCUUCCAACGACCAAAGUUUGAGACGGUCUUCUCCCGAAAGCCAAUCUGCCCCCCUCUUCGCCAGACUGGAGCCGUGAUCAGCAGUAUUGAUCGAGAUGGCUCCCGCCUUCUUGGCGACCAGUCCCCAACGAACUCGGGUGGCCAAUGCCCGACGAGACGUUGGGCUAGUUCGCCGAUGAUAGCUCGGAAGUUCCCUCCCCUGCACAUGGGAGAGCUUCAUCUCUUGUUCUCCAACUUCUCUCAGAUGGAAAUGUAA